AGAGAAUUGUAAAGAUUAAGAAAAAGCAGUUGCUGGCAACGACGUCGUGUGGUGGUGUUAUAUAGUAGUAGAGACACAAAUGAACAAAUUUUUAGAGGCCAAAGAAGGCAGCGAGAAGGAGGUAUUAUAAACGUGACUCAAGAAUAUAGGUGAAAGUGCUCAUAUAGCCGAAGUUACAACACUAGGCGCAACAUAUGGAAGGCUAUUCCUAAAAGUUAAUUCUCUGGUUGGCCUACGAGUUCAGCCACAUAGAGUGGUGUUUAAUCAGAGCUUUUUAGGCGAGGGCGUUGUUUACCAGAGAAAAAAAGCUAAUCAUAAUACGGAACUGGGAAAAAAAUACUGGAAUUUGCGCUAAUAUUAGCCGAAAAAAGAAUUGGUCAUCCAGCUUUAUAUCGAUUUAAGGCCAUGUCCAAUGGUGAAGAUGUUCUAGACAAUUGGGAAGAAAUAGACGAAGUUGGGCUAACUUCAGCUUUAGAGAAACUGAAAGCUUCCUGUUCUUCAGAAACAAACCAUACCGGGCACGAGACUACUACGUCAGUUAAAAUUCGCGCAAACAACUCGUUGGACUCCUUCAAUAACCCCACCGAGAAGGAUUGUUACAAGCCAGAAAACUUGUCGUCCGUGACGGCAGAUAUAACCGCAAUGAAGUUGUUGCAGCCUUCGUCAACGCAUGAUGCUACUGCAUCCAUUUCAUAUUCCAUAAAAUCUGGCUCUUCAUCAUCUGUUUUAGCAAAUCAGCCAUCUCUUGCGACACUGGAUGAUAUAACGACGACGUUCCAACCGGUUAUGAUGGUACUGCAUAAAUCGUCCGACGAGUAUCAGUCAGCCAACUACACUGCACCAAUAGCUAACCAAACGGUAAAAAUUCUAAGACGUCCAACACAAACGAAGGAGCCGCGUUCGAGUGUGGUGCGACCGAAACAGCCAUUGAAAUCGUUGAAACAAAGGGAACAGGAAUACGCAGAGGCAAGAUUGAGGAUAUUGGGUUCUGCCAAAAAUCCAGAAGAUGAGAGCAACGAGUGUGCUUCGCCUGCUAGCAUUACAAUGACGAAUUCAUCAUCUCCACCUGUAUAUCAAGCAACAUCAACAUCUCUGAGUAAUAUUGCAACCAAUGCUGCCUCAAAACAAAACUCGCCACGAAGUCAGAGUGGUCCAAACAUAUAUAGCAAUCAUUUUCAACCACAGCAGCAACAGCAACUUCAACCGACACCACAGCAAAUGCAAUAUCAACAAAAUUUUCAAUAUACUCCUCAAAACUUCUAUUAUCCGUUACAACAACAACAGCAGCAGCCAACUAUGCCACAUAAACAGCAAACUCCCGCUUAUAACAAUAAUCGCACAUUAAAUAUACCGCUAUUGAGUCAGAUACCUCAAGCACAAUAUCAGCAGCAACAACAACAACAGCCGCUUAUAAAGUAUCAGCAACAAUUCCUUCACAAAUCGCCAACACAGCAGCAUCAUCAAAAACAACAGCAACAGCAAAAUUGGUCUCCCGUGAUAGGCAGUGCAUCCUCUUCUUCUCUAAGGCAGCAACAACAACAGCAACAACAAGACAGCGUAGUGCGCUUGCCUAGAGGACCAGACGGCACAAGCGGCUUUCAAAUGCGUCGGUAACGAGUUGACAAAUCGUUUUCGUCGUAUGUUUGUAUCCCAUUUAUUCUUCGUCUUACUUUCCUUUUUUGGGUUUAUUUCGCCGUACACUUUUUUAAAUGAGAGCUAAUCAAGUAAAAUUAUUGAACUCACACUAUCCGAUUAAUUUUUAUAUUUAUAACUCGACAACUAUAUAUACACAAUCAACGUUUAAAAAAUUGUUUUUUUUUUUCGGCUCUACAGUUACAAAAUAACAUAAAUUUUUAAGCAAAAUCAUUUUCUUAUUUUGAACCACGAAAUAAAAAGGUAAAUGCACGUGUAACGGAGCUCGCCUCACCGAAAUUAUUGAAAUCAAUAUAUUUGCGGUUUUAAAAAAAUCACUUGCUACGCAUCUUUUGAAAAUGGAUCUUUGACUUUGAGGCUAUAAAAUGCUUUUAAGAAAUGCUUGAUGCAAAUCAAGAAAAUUAUUUUCGACGUUGCACUAUCCAUGUUAAUAAAAUAGUUUAUAAACCUAUUGUAUUAAUUACGAAAGACUAGAAUAUCUUGUUAUAUCGUAGGCAGCUUUUUGGGGAAUUUAUGCAAACUAUUCGAUAUCGUUCAUUAUUAAUACUUACGUUAUGUAUGCAUAUAAAUCAUAUAUAAUUCGCAUGUCAUGAACAAUCUGCUUUUCCCCAAUGGAACCUCGCCUCCUUUCCAUCUUGUGCGCUAUUCGUAUAAUAUAUAGAUUGGAACUACUGUCAAUAGCUAUGGUGCGUCGAUUAAAUCGAAUACUAUGAAAAUAAGCAGUAGGUGCCUGUUAAUAAAAGCAGGCCAUUGCAAAGUAUUUUCUAUGAAUUUCUUAUGAAGAAAAGAUCCGAACAAGGAUAUAAAAGAGUCUCUGAUAUUUAUAUCGAUUGCUUACAAUGUGGUCCGAGGUUUUAUCUAUCGCAAUUUAUAAUAUAUGUUCUUGAUGGAUUUUGCUCUACAUUAAUUCCCGUGAAAGAGCGGUCGUACAAUUCGCAAAUUUUAAAGCUGACGUUUGACUUAGCCGAGCUUGAUGUUUAAUGCUUGUGCAGGCUGGCAUCUAUCCUGUGGAAAAUGGUCGGCAAACCAGGCUUACAUCAAAUGGAUGCGUUUUAAGAAAUCAUAUUCGUAUAAUUUUUAGCGUCAUCAACAUUCAAAUGGAACCAGAUUCAUUAUUCAAAUAACGCCGAAGAUUUAUAAAUAAAAAGGAUCAGUUUUUUCAGGAUUAUGGUUUAUGAAAGACAAUCCCAAAUAUCUUAGAAUAUGGAAGAAAAAAGUAGUUACUUAGUGAAAGCGAAUGGACGUAAAAAAUAAGGAAUAAAUUGAAAUGCAAUUUCUUUUAUAUAUUUUCGUGUUAAAUUAACUAAAUGGUUUUGUACGAACGAAGGCGGCUAAAAUAUCUGAUGUGGUUUACCUAAAUAAAAA